UUUCAAGAAUGACAUGUUCCGCAUGAAGCUGGUCCACAACUUCGAUACGAUGGCUUUCUAUUACUAUACUCUCCGCUACCUGGGUGGGGUCGCCUUGCGUGAGGUACAGAAAGUUCUCGCGAUACCAACAGACGCCUGCUCUCUCCCAGUUGACCGUAUCUGGGAGCGUCUGGACGCACUCUACUUGAACUCCACUGCAAUUCGUACUGUCAUCACAACCUACUCUGAACAACGUCAAGGACCUUCUGAGCCUAUCGACGACUUCCUCACGAGGUUCGAAUACACUCUCAUCGACUAUGAAGCGACUGUUGGUGUAGACCUCACUGAUGACCAGAAGAUAGGUCAGCUCUUGUCAGCUGUUCAGCCUGUUCUGCGUGACGAGCUCACCAUGCGCCGGGACACUACUAGCAUGUCUUAUGCUAUCUUUCGCAGCGCUGUUCAGUCCAUCGGCAGAGUCCUCCACAAGCGCCAACCGCAGGCAUCUGAUCCUUCUUCCAUUUCGACGACGGUAACCUCGACCACUAUUCCUGUUGAUCCCUUCGGCCCUACAAACUUCCAAGCCACCUCUUCUACCACUGAUCGACUACACAAGAGGACUGGAAGAUCACAGGGGUGCUUCCGCUGCUACAGGCAUGGUCAUCGAGCGGCCGACUGCAAAGCUCCAGAACCUGCGCAAAAAGGUAACCGUUGCUUGAUCUGUGGCAGCACGAAGCAUAAGUCAAAAGCAUGCGCUCGCAGUAUCUGCCUAAGCACUCAACCGUCAACUACGGUCCUUCGUGCGAGUGCCCUCCCCGACGACUCGGACCCUGUUGAGCCCAUUGAACUCGAUUGCAGCGUUGCGCAUGCUGCCCAUCUCCAUGCGCCUGCCUCGCAAUACACGGCAACUGCAACCUGCCUCCAGUUGGCUCCGCCCGAACCUCGUCUCGACGUCUCCAUCGGAAAGACUACGGCCCCGACGCGCCCUACUAUAUCUGCUCUGCUCGACACUGGUGCCACUACAGGCCUGAUCUCACGCUCCUAUGUCGAUAAGCUCCUGUCUAAGCGCAUCAUCGGAGGGGACCGGUUGACAACUAUUGAACCGGUCGUGAUCACGUAUGGUAAUGGGUCCCAAGCCCAGACGAGCACUGAGCUCUGCUUACCUAUAACCAUCUCACCGCAGGGGAAGCUUCGUCUCAUCCACCUCCUGGUCGUUCCUGGUAUGAAGCCAUCUUUGGUCUUUGGUCGUUCUGUGUUGAAGCAACUACAAGUCACUCUCCGUUAUUCCCCUGUGUUACCUGUGGAUACUUCUCCUUCGACCUCGGAUGACACACACUCCACAACUGCCUCCCUGGACGCACCAGAUGCCGAUACCUCUUCUCCGCAAGCCCUACCCCCUCACAUCACGCACUUCCGUGCUAGUGUUGCGCUCCCUUCCUGGGUUCGCUUAGACCCUGCGCUACAGGUCCAGGAAGUACUCGACUCUACCGACUGGUUGGUUGUUGCCUGCGUCUCGGACGGUACUUCUCAGUACAUCUGGUGUGACAUCGAUGACAUCCAGGUACCGAAUAUGCCUGUUCUUCGAGAACACCCGAAGCUCACGUCCGCACCUGCGGCCGUGAAGGCCGAAGCGGUUCGCUUUGUCGACGAUAUGCUUUCGGUCGGCAAAAUCUCGCUUCCUCCCCCGGGCUUACACGUCCGUGCUAUCACCAACUACUAUCCUGUCGUCGGCAAGCGUAUUCGCCCGGUUUUCCCGUCGUUGCAGGUGAACUAUGGCUUGAACCGGCUGCUCCGUACUAUUCGGUUCCGACAGUCACCUUUGGCCGAAUUAAAAACUGCUUUGCGGGGGUGCGUCCACGCUAUCUCUAUGGACGUUCAAGACGCCUUUAUGCAACUCCGUGUGGGAGUUGAGCUACAGAGAUUUCUUGGACUCUACCAUAGAGACAGCACUUUCGUUUUUACUAGAGUCCCGUACGGCUUAGCUAUCUCGCCACAUAUCCUCGAGGUGGCAGUACGGUAUGUCGUUCGGCAUCUUGUAAUGGAGGGGGUGCUCUCGAACUGCCAGGUCACUGUCCUACACUACAUGGAUGAUGUCUUUCUCCUGUCUACGAGAUCACUAACGCCGAAUGAGGUAUCGGCCCUUACUGGUAGAGUUGUUGACCUGUUCGCCCGCUACUCGCUGCCUAUGUCACCCAAGAAAACCAUCGUGCUGUUCGACACCGCUAAAGUGAAUGCUCUUGGCCUAGAAUAUGUCGACAAUGGUACGUACGUCCGCUUUCCUUUGCCUCGCUGGCAAGCCCUAUUCCAUAUUACCACCGAUCGUUUGUGGACGUAUCGCACUGUUCUGUCUCAUCUCGGCAUGUUGACUGCUGAGUCUGACGUGUUACCUGAACAUUGUCUGGAACAGCGUAAUCUACUACAAGGGUUAUUGACUUCCGAGCGGCAUCGCAUGCAAAGGGCGUGGAAUGAUGCUGUUAGCCCUGCCCUUUGCGACUUGCUUUGCGAAUGGCUCACUACUUACGCUGUCUACACCGAACCCCCUCUUCUCUACCGGUUCAUCGAUGCUACUCUGCCCAUAACUGUUUACACUGAUGCGAGCCAGUAUGCCUUAGCUUACAAAGUCUACCAGAAUGGUCAUCUCAUCCUACAGGGACAGCGCAUUCUACGACGCCGCACUGAACGAGCCUUACAUGCGAAUGUGUUGGAACUGUAUGCCGUGUACUUUGCCUUGUCACGCCUCAUCCUUCAUGAGAGCCUAGCUAAGUCCCGCUUCGCGCAUCUGACGCUGUUCACAGACAACAAGACUGCACUCUCUUGUCUACGUACUCUUCGUACGAAAUCUACAAACCCGAUUGGACAACAGGCCUUUCUACAAC